GUACUCCUCAAUCUUCGCGUGCACGUCCAGAACGCAGGCAGCGGCCUGCUGCGAACAUCUUACUUCCCUAUAUUCCGGUAAACUGACCCUCUACACAACCUCAGCACACACCAGUAUGCCGGUUCACAAAGGCGGCUGCUUCUGCAAGAAGAUCCGCUACGAGCUCGAUCUCGCAUCCCCCGAUGAAGCGCGCAUGAGCAUCUGUCAUUGUCCGAAUUGCAAGAAAUUCACCGGCUCCGCCUUCGGCGUCACCGCCAAAAUCCCCCGCGCCGCCUUCCGCCUCACUCCCACCUCCGCCUCACCCAAGAUCCACAAGGGAGACAACGGCUCAGGCAGCAUCCUCACGCGCGAAUUUUGCGGCGAUUGCGGGUCGGGGAUCCUCGAGUACGGCGAACAUGCAGGGGAAAACGUAUACUUGUUCUACGGAAGCUUAGACGAGCCGGACGCGCUGCCGCCGAAGGGGGAGUUCUUUACGAAGUAUCGGGCGGGGUGGAUGCCUGAGGUGCCGGGGAUAUUUCACAAGAGGGAGAUAAAGGAGUGAAGCAAAAGUCAAUGGUAUUGGAUGUACAUUCGAAAGAAGGUCUGGGAAUAUGAGGCGAUGCUCGAGAUGAAGGCUUCAGGCGCCUUUGCAAGCGCUCAAGGGGUAGAGAGCCAGUAAGCACCAGUAUAAGCACCG